AUGAAGCGCGAAUAUCUGCCGAUCGAAACUCUGCCAGCUUGGCAGUGCCUCAAUGGCAUUGUCGCGAAAGGCGUCGCGUUCCAGAAACUCGGAUCAAGCGAGUAUGGUACAGAUAAAGGCAGCGCGAUCGUCGCGACAGAAGCCAAGUCCAGCGACGAGAACGAUACUACGCCCGAAAUCCUCCUCCAAAUCCCUUCCGACCUGGUCCUCUCCCUAGAGGCAGUCCACAACUAUGCCAAAUCCGACCGGUAUCUACGCGAUGUAUUGGAGGCAAUCGGCGACUUCGGAAGGACAGCUAGAGGGGCUAUCAUGAUAUUCCUGCUGGUCCAACUAUCACACACCAGCCCCGAUCUCCGCGCCAAACACGAGCAUGUCGGCGUCUCCAACCCAUGGACCGAAUACGUCAAGUUCCUGCCUCCGUCAUUUCCCCUGCCCACAUUUUAUACGACGGAAGAACAGGAGUUGUUCCGGGGAACCUCACUUGCCGAGGCCCUGGAUGCCAAGUUCAUGUCUCUCGAGCGGGAGUUUGAGAAUCUAUGCCAAGCCACGGAGGGUAUUAAGUGGUGUCAGCAGAGCUGGUGGGACGAGGAGAACGGCUCGUUGACGAUCCAGGAUUGGAAAUAUGUCGAUGCGGCCUAUCGGUCGCGCAUGUUGGAUAUCCCUGGCUGUGGGCUUGCGAUGGUGCCUUGCAUUGAUAUGGCCAACCAUGUGUGCGGAGACGGAGCGAAGGCCCUCUAUGAUGCAGAUUCGAAUGGGAAUGCAGUUCUUCAGCUGCGAUGGGGCAAGAGCCUGCUACCUGGCGAGGAGGUUACCAUCUCAUACGGAGAUGAAAAGUCCGCUUCCGAAAUGAUCUUUUCCUACGGAUUCCUGGACAGCGCCACGACCGAAGCCAGAGAGAUGUGUCUCAACAUAGACAUGCCCGAAGACGACCCUCUCAGUUUCGCAAAGAAAAUAUUCUGCCAACAAAACCGUGGAAUUCGCAUCACAUCCCAGGGAUCUGAAGAGCAACGGUUUACAUGGGAAAGCCCCCUUGUUUGGAUAGCCUGUGUGAACGAGGAAGACGGGCUUAAUUUCGGCCUCGCACAGACAACCGAUGGCGGCAGGGAACUCGACACAACCUGGAAAGGCCAGAAGAUCCAAUCACCCGAUCAUCUCCGAGAGCUUCUUGCCGCCGAUCCUCUAUGGGACAUCAUCCAGCUUCGCGCUGCAGUGCUACUUCUUGAACGACUCGAGACCCAGCUCUCUCUUCUACAGCAGAUGGAGGAAGUCAUCGCUAACCUCCGUGAGAAUGAAGUGGCCCUGACCUCGUUUUUCCGGCCAGAGAUCUUCGAGUUAAUCAGUCGGUUCCGAGUUCUCGAAGCCGAUCUGCUGGAGAAGGCGGUUGAAGAACUCAUCAAACAGCGAACCGAGUUGUUAGGGUCUGCCAGCGUUGCAGCAUAUUUCAGCCAGCAAACGGGAGUGGCAGAGGAAGUCGAGGACUUUUCAUGA